CUUCAAAUGUUGUUCAUCUGAUUUGUAUCAUCAUUGAAUUUUUUGACAGCUCAAUUGUCUCUGAAAAUAAGCAUAGAUUUUUCUGAAACACUAGUGUAGAGGAAAAUAAAAUUAAAAAAAAUAUAUAUAAUUGGUGUACUUACAAAGAAUUUUUGGUACUAAACAUGUCUUGUUUUUAUCCGGCGUGGUUACAAAUUUGUACAUACAUUUUGGAGCCUCAUGAAAUUGCUUUGCUUCAACACCCAGUCUUUCGAGAGUAUGCCAAGAUUGUUUUUAGUCCAGACUUUAGUCAUACAUUCCCAACAUUCAUUUUCGUCUUGGCUAUUUACAUAGCUCUGCAAAGGAAUUUAAAUUUGAGUUGGAUCAAAACACUAUUCAAUAUGAAAUUUUUUUCCAAGUUUAUUCGUAUUCUAGUGAUCUGGAAUAUCAUCAAUGCAGCUCUAUGGUAUUGGCUGAUCAUGCAAAGAGUUCUCUACUGCGUCAUUUGGACUAGUUGGCGUAAUGAAUCAGAGCUUCCGGAGGUUCAUUAUCCCUGGUGGAAGAAAGUUUUUGCCUCUUUUGACCCUCCACCUGAAGAGCCAAUCUUAUCAGCUAGCUUUGUGAGUUGGAUAAUAUCAAUGACGAUAAGUGGAGUGUUUUUUUAUUUUGCUAUUUAUAUGGAUUAUAUCAUUAGAAUCGUACAACAAUUUUUUGAAGCUCUUAAAACAUACUUUAAAGCUGCCAGAAAGUGGCAAAAAUCAUCGUUGAAAAAUAUCAAAGAAUUAAAAUCUUGUAAAAAUAAAAGAGAUACUUCAACUGAUAGACUUAGAUUAGCAACAAGUUGUAAUGAUCUUGGAUCAAAUACAUCAGUUGACUGUGCAGUGCCUCAAGUAGUUAAUAGAGGAAUAUCUCCCAUUUCUUAUGGUACUAAUUGGAUCCUUCCACCAAAUGGCAAAUUGAAGAAUGAAAAAAAGAAUGAUGAAUUCAAAGUAUCGAAAAGAAAUUUUUUACGUCCAAACGAUACAACAAGUUGUUUUGACUAA